AUGGCUCCACCCUGGGUGCCCGCUGUGGGUUUCACGCUGGUGCCUAGCCUCGGGGGCUUCCUGGGCUCCCGCUUCGUGCAUGGAGAGGGUCUCCGCUGGUAUGCUACUCUGCAGAAGCCCUCCUGGCACCCGCCUCGCUGGGCAAUUGGCCCCAUCUGGGGCACGCUCUACUCAGCCAUGGGGUACGGCUCCUACUUGAUCUGGAAAGAGCUGGGGGGCUUCUCGGAGGAGGCCGUGGUCCCCCUGGGUCUCUACGCUGGGCAGCUGGCCCUGAACUGGGCAUGGUCCCCCAUCUUCUUCGGUGCCCGUCAAAUGGGCUGGGCCUUAGUGGACAUCCUGCUGACGAGUGGAGCAGCGGCUGCGACCACAGUGGUCUGGCAUGGGGUGAAUCGCUCUGCUGCCCAUCUGCUGUACCCCUACAUGCUAUGGCUGGCCUUUGCAACCACACUUAACUACUGUGUGUGGAGGGACAACCGUGGCCGGCGUAGUGACCGGCGGUCCCCAGAAUGA